AUGGCAGCAGAGCACACAAAGCGUUAUCUUGAAGAAUAUGCGGAGAUAGUAGAAGUGGAAGAAGCAACUCGUAAAAGGCCUCGUGAUCUCCGUAUUCCAAAAUAUCAGGAGCGACUCCGCUGUUUCCCUCCGGGCCGCAUUCUCUACGGAGCUGGGGAUAAUGACGAUAUUCAUGUACCAUUUGCAGGUUCAUAUGUUGAUGAACUUCGCCAUCACCAGUUUGCUUUAUUGGACUCCGUAUUUACGUCAUUUCUCGACACGAACCGUCACCGAGGGGUGAAUUACAGCUUAGAACGGCUAUUCACAAUGGACAAUAGACAUAACAAAUACUUCAGGUUUAUGCAGUACGACAUUCCGUAUCUGGCUACUGUUUGCGUUUAUGAUGAUUACGAUGGCGACCGGCUCAACAUCAAACUGCAUAAUGAUGGCUUCACCUACGUUCCUAAACGCGGGCGCAUUGUACCUCCUCGGCACCAAUGCGACGGCUGGGUGUUACUAGAAUCCCAAGGGUGGAAGGAUUUGAAGGGACUCAUCAAUGCAUUCAAAUCAUUGAGUGAUGGAACUGCGUUCAAGACUUGUCGUGUCUUCUAUAACCACACUGAGCGACGUUUAGAUAUCAAGAUGAAUUCAGAGGUGGACGGAUACAAGAACGUUAUUAUUACGUUUGAGGAUGGAUACCCUUAUUUUGAUGACGAUGUGGAAUCCACACCAUUGUAA